GACGACAGUUCCCUACCAUUUGUGAACAAGUGUGGAAUGUCCAAGGCAAAUCAUAUAUUCGUUCGGAAAUCCAUCAGAGUGUGAGAACAAGAAAAAAUAGAUGGAUUCAAACUGAAAUCUGUUACACAUAAGUAGAUGAAACGAAUACAAAGCCAAUAUAUAGUAUAACAUAACCAAAAACAGGAACAAAUACAGCCAAAUAUAAUUGGUUAGAGUCCAAUUGGUGAACAAACAAACAACAAACAAUUGGUUUAUCAACAAAAUGAGCCAGCCCGAAAGUGGCGAUGUUUCGACCCAGAAGGUUGCCAAGUUGCGCUUCAAGCAGCUCAUCCGCAAUGUCAUCCUCAAUAUGCAGUGGCUCAGAGAUGCCAAAGAUGCACCGACCCAUUUCUCUAUGAAUGUUAAGAGAAAUGUGGCCAUGCUGGUGCGACAGAAGCGCAAAGUUGGCAUGAUGACCACGGCGGAGAAAGCAUUGUUUCGCAUGCCACACCAGAUGCGCACCGUAAAGGAGCGCAUGAAACUUUGCACGAUUGUGGCAGAUCUUGCCUGCUUUUCCAAACUCAAUCCGAAACUGCGCGUUCGUUUGCUGCCGCAUCUGAUAUUUUUAUCACUCACUCCCGGACGUCUCAUCAUGAAGCAGGGCGACUAUCCCAUUACCAUGUACUUCAUACUCACCGGCGAAGUGGAAAUGGCCAAGAGGAUCUACGACAAGGCUACCCAAACAUACGAAACCAUGGCGGAGGCUAUUUUUGGACCCGGUGACUGCAUUGGCGACAUCGAUGUGAUGGAGGAGGCGGACAGGACGCAUACAUACAUAGCAGCAACAAACUGCGAACUUUUGGCCAUCUACGACAGCGACUACUCAACCCAACUGCAGCCCUACAUGAAGAAGAUGUGGGAGGAGAAAAAGGAAGCCAUAAGCGCCCUGGAAUACUUUCAAUUCUUCAGCCCAGAGCAGGUUGUCACCGCCUGCAAGUUUGCCAGCAUUCAGCAGUUUGAUCCGCUGGACACGAUCUACGAGGAGGACCUGGGCUCGCUCAGCGUCGUUUACUUUGUGCUCAGCGGCGAGUGCAUGGUGCUGCAGUGUCUGCACAUGAAGGUCAAUUAUGUGGGCAAGAAGAAGACUUACACGCUGGACAGUGUGGGCUGGAACACUUCUAGUGCACUUUUGGGAAGUAACAGGAUGCGUAAAAUGGGUCUGCUGGAAAUCCAGCAAGCCUGCGCCAAGAUGCGACGAAGGCGAUUCCCUUCAUCGGUGGAGGUUGUGCGAAAAGUGCUGCGGAAAACACGCUACACAUUCUUCAAGGGACCCAUCGACGACUACGAGUCCUAUGUGAUGGGUGAGGGCUAUGAGGACAGCGACGAGCUGCAGUCGCCAGUGUACUCCAGCUGGGAGUCGUCAUCCGAUGAGAGCAGCCGCACGCCCAGCAGCGAUGAGGCAGAGGUGGAGAGCGAGACCGAAGGCUCGGAGAUAUUCACCGCCUCGUCGGCAUCGGAGUCGCCGGAGCCGCUUUCGGGCAAGGAGUCGGGGGCGGAUAUGGGAUCAAAGCCACAAUACGAGACGCACUUCAUAGACGUGGCAUCGCUGACAUUCGGAGCCAUCUUCGGGCUGGGUGAGAAGAUGCAACACCGCAACAUAAUGACCCGCACCCACGUGCAGUGUUUGGUCAUUCCGCGCUUCUGGCUGUUCGAGCCGGCUCAGAAUCCUGGCAACUUUUGGCAGCGAAAGCGCUUCUUCGUCGAGUCGAAUCUACCCACCAGGGAGACGCUGUUCAACGACUUCGUCAAGACGCGCAAUUGGCAAAAUUUUAGCAACAGCUAUCUUCGGGAAGUGCUGAGCGAUUCGAGCACCUGCAGUUGGACAAGGCCCGAGGAUAUUCCCAUCGUUGCUCGCAUUAUGGAGACCACCGAAGACUCUUGAAUCGAUCAUAGCCACAGUUUUACAUACAUAUGCCACACACAUACAUACAAACAUACAUCUUAUGCGCGUAUAUUUUGUU